AUGCAACUGGUACCGGUACCGGCUUCUCCAUCUGCACUGACGCCAUCGGGACGCGAAGGAGUAGUUGAGAUUCUCUCGUUCAUCUUUCUUGCGAUCCAUACGACAUUUGAGGAUAAAGAUUGCGAUAAUAGUGAGGAUGAAGAUGAGGAAGGCGAGUGGUAUAACGACUGCCCUGAUGAUGAUUGUCGUCUUUGCGUCCAUCGCUUAAGCCUGUUGUCGGAUUUGGUGUUUCGCAUGGACAUAGGAGGGUGGAGUCAAAUGGAUUUUGGCUCGUUUGGCAAAUGCUUGAUGGAGGCUUCUGCCGGUGGUCGAAAGUGA